GAGAGAGAGAGAGAGAGAGAGAUGGCGCCUCGAUGCUGCGCUCACUGAGCCAGUGUUUGAUGCCGGUUAGAGAGAUUCAGUAAGGGCAGACAAAAGGAAAAAUAAGAUGGUGAACACGAGGAAAAGCUCGCGGGUGCGCACCGGUCCCUUCAUCUCUUCGAGGACUAGGUCGUCGUCGAGAUCCGAGCGAAACUCUGAUGAACAUAAGGAUCCCGGUAGUGAUGUGAGCAGCCCCAGUAGUCCCCGUCUUUCUCCCCCUUCCAAGCGGUCACGGCGGCAGAUUACCUCUGAGCCCAGCUCCAGUGAUACCUCCCCAUCUCCUCAAACUAAGGGUCAGAGGGUCAGCUGGGACAUUCCCACCUACCACACCAGGCUGUCCUCUCGCAUAAUGCAAAACGGGCACGCCCAUAUGAGUCACCGGAGUGAGGACAGCGGAGGUGGAGAUCAUUCUCGAAUGAAUGGUCACGUGGAGUUGAAGAGGAGCUGCCGGGUUAGAAAAAGCCAAUUUCAACACCUCAACCAGAGCCUGCUGUUUGACCAGCUGGUCAACAGCACUGCUGAGGCUGUCCUUCAGGAGAUGGACAACAUCAGCAGCAUCAGACAGAACCGUGAGGUGGAGAGACUUCGCAUGUGGACUGGAGACACCGUGGAGGAAAACAUGGACAUGUACUCCCGAGUGAAGCGACGGAAAUCUAUGCGCAGGAGCAAUUUCAGCAUGCCAGCACACCACAAAGUCAUGGGCAAAACAGAGCAGGAAGAGGAAGAAGGGACAGAAGAAUCUCACGGCGAGGAAGAGGAGGAUGCAGAGGACGAUGAUGAUGAAGAUGACGAAGACGAUGAAGGGGAUGAAGCAGAAGAAGCAGGAGAGGAAAAUGACAGACCAUACAACCUUAGGCAGCGCAAGACGGUGCAGAGAUAUGAGGCACCACCUAUUGAGCCUGUGAGCAGAAGACAGAGCAACCCCUCACUUUUUGAUACCCACAGAUCCCCUGCAAGAAGAAGCCAUAUAAGAGUGAAGAAACAUGCCAUUCACAGCAGUGACACCACCUCGUCCUCGGAUGAAGAGCGGUUUGAGCGGAGGAAAAGCAAAAGCAUGACCCGCGCUAGAAACAGAUGUUUGCCAAUGAACUUGACGGCAGAAAACCUGGCUAGUGGGGUUUUGCGUGACAGGGUGAAAGUGGGUGCCAGCUUGGCUGAUGUGGAUCCCAUGAAUCUUGAUAGUUCUGUGAAAUUUGACAACGUGGGUGGCCUCAGUAAUCACAUUCAGUCACUUAAAGAGAUGGUAGUGUUCCCUCUGCUUUACCCUGAGAUCUUUGAGAAAUUCAAGAUUCAGCCUCCCAGGGGGUGUUUGUUCUACGGCCCACCAGGUACAGGAAAGACCCUGGUUGCACGAGCACUUGCCAAUGAAUGUAGCCAGGGAGACAGGAAAGUUUCCUUCUUCAUGAGGAAAGGAGCCGACUGCCUCAGCAAAUGGGUGGGGGAAUCAGAACGUCAGCUGCGUCUGCUCUUUGAUCAGGCAUAUUUGAUGAGGCCAUCCAUCAUUUUCUUUGACGAGAUUGAUGGUUUGGCUCCUGUUCGCUCCAGCAGGCAGGACCAGAUACACAGUUCUAUUGUAUCCACUCUGCUGGCCUUGAUGGAUGGCUUGGACAGUCGUGGGGAGAUAGUGGUCAUUGGUGCUACAAAUAGACUUGACUCUAUCGAUCCAGCACUCAGGAGGCCUGGACGCUUUGACCGGGAGUUUCUGUUCAACCUGCCCGACAAGAAGGCCAGAAAGCACAUCUUGGAUAUUCACACACGAGACUGGAGUCCCAAAUUGGCUGGGCCAUUUGUAGAAGAACUUGCAGAGAAAUGUGUUGGCUACUGUGGGGCCGACAUCAAAGCACUUUGUACAGAGGCAACUUUGGUGGCACUACGUCGCUGCUACCCGCAGAUCUACGGCAGCAGCGUCAAACUGAAGCUGGAUAUCACCUCCAUCGUCCUGGGGCCUGGCGACUUCAGCAAGGCCAUGAGGACAAUCGUCCCAGCCUCCCAGAGGGCACUGGCUCCCCCAGGCCGAGCCCUGUCCCCCACCCUCAGGCCCCUACUGGCUAGCUCUUUCUCCUUGGUGCUGAAAGCUCUGCUCCGAGUCUUCCCCCAUGCUCAGUGUACUGACAGGGACAACUCACGUGGCGGUGACAAUCAACUGCUUGAAGAGGAAUUUUACAGCGAAGAUGACAAUGAGGAAGGCUCUGCUUCCAUCUAUGAAGCCGAGCCUGCUGCAUCCCCAAAACAGUCUUCUUCUGUAGUGCCCAGACCCUUCCUCCAUUUCUCACGCUCUGCCCUCCAACAGCCCUCAGCAUUCCGGCCUCGUCUGCUGUUGGCCGGGCCCUCUGGCUCAGGACAGAGCUCCCACUUGGCCCCUGCAUUGCUGCACCAUCUGGACAAGCUGCCAGUGCACCGCCUGGACUUGCCCACACUCUACUCUGUCAGUGCUAAGACACCGGAAGAGUCAUGUGCUCAGGUUUUCCGAGAGGCCUGUCGGAGUGUACCCAGUGUGGUGUUCAUGCCACAUAUCUCCGAGUGGUGGGAGAAAGUGGGCGACACUGUGAAGAGCACCUUCCUCACCCUGCUACAGGAUGUGCCCUCAUUCAGUCCGGUCCUUAUCCUUGCCACUGCUGAGACUCACUACUCACACCUGUCAGAAGAGGUGAGUAGUAUGUUCCAGAGGACCUAUGGUGAGGUAGUAACGCUGUGCCCUCCAGAAGAAGAGGACAGGAGGAGCUUCUUCUCUGACUUGCUGCUGGUCCAAGCAACCAGGGCUCCACUACGCCUCAGGAGUGCGGAGAGGUGUGAAGAGGUUCUGCCAGUGGCAGAGGCUCCAGGUCCCAGAGUGCUGUCGGCAGAGGAGCAGCGCCGCCUGGCUGAACAGGAGGAGAAGACGUUACGGGAGCUCAGGCUCUUUCUCAGGGAUGUGACCAAACGCCUAGCCACUGACAAACGUUUUAACAUCUUCAGCAAGCCAGUUGACAUUGAGGAGGUGUCAGACUACCUUGAAGUGAUUCGGCAGCCCAUGGACCUGUCUACUGUCAUGACCAAGAUUGACACUCACAAGUACCUGACAGCAAAAGACUUCCUUGUGGAUAUUGACCUCAUCUGCAGUAAUGCUCUAGAAUACAACCCUGACAAGGACCCUGGAGACAAGGUGAUCAGGCACCGAGCGUGCAGUUUAAAGGACACAGCCCACGCUAUAAUUGCUGCGGAGCUUGAUCCAGAGUUUGACCGUAUGUGUGAAGAGAUCAAGGAAGCACGCAGGAAGAGAGACCCCCAGACACCAGCUCAGCCGACGGCAGUUCCAGGCGCUGUGGCAACCAGAAAGCACCAAACUAUAGGAGAAGAGACGGCCAAGAGCAGCACUCAGGGCGAGGCCACUGACAAACAGUGCACCAGCACCACGAAUCAUGUGAAGCGUAAGAUUCGCCGGCGGCCCUCUUGGGGAAGGGGUAUUAUCAGAAAGAAGAAGAGCUACAAGAAAGGAAUAGAAGAGGAGGAGGAUGAGCCUGAGGCAGAAGUGGAAGCUGCAGGACCGAGUGACUCAUGUUUGACACAAGAUGAGGAAUCAUCGUGUGACACUACUGGUCCCCAACCCAAUGGCCACCAUCCCCAUCUCCCCUCCACAGAGGAGGAGAGCUCCAAUGAGCCUCCUGUUGAGGCCAGAGAAGCCAGAGAAGAACCAGCAUCUAAGGAGGAGCUGUCCACAGCCAAGGAGGGAGAGUCUGAGAACACAAAGGAACACCACGAGCUGCAUUGUCUUGCUGGCACUUCUCAUCCCAACAUGGACAGUGAUAGCCAGGCCAAGCAGGCGGACUGCCAGCCUUUGACAGAAACGUCUGAAUCCUCAGACGCAGAGGCCCAGUCCAAGCACACAGAGGAUCUUGCAGUAUCACACGUGGACUGUGUGAAUGGAAAUGAGUCAAUGGACAGUCUGGACUCACAGAACCUCAAGAGGAGCAGUAAGCAGGAGAAAAGGACUCCCCUGAGCGUGGCUGCCAGCUUGGACAUGCCAGAACAGGAGGAGUACAAAGACAAACUUGAGAGCCAUCCUACUCAGGGGCACCCUCUUCAGGACGGGAGGGCAGUAACUGAAAGUGCAGAAGAAGAUCAAGACAAAGAAGGGGGUUCCAAAGAGAGGAGCUCCUCAGAGCAACUGAAGGGAUCUGCUGAACAGACUGAGGAUGAGCCACAACCGGUUCCUCCACAUCCUCCGGUAGUGGUAGACCACCAGCAACUCUUGGUGCUACUGGACAUGGCGGUGAGGAAGAGCGACGGCUACAGUGUGGAGCAGCUGGAGAGACUGUACUCUCUCCUCAGCCAGUGUAUCUACAAGUACCGCAGAGAGUAUGACAAGACCCAACUACUGGAGGACUUGGAGGACCGAAUCCAGCAUUUUGAUACAUUCCUGUGAGAUGGAGAACAUUUAUCAGGUCAACCCUGAAACAGCCUGGGACCACAAAGACAAAAAACACAAACUGACUCAGUGAAAGUGAACGAGCUUCUAAAAUCCAGCCCUCAACACAGAAAUCAAACACGGGAAUCCCCACGUCCUCCUUUUUUGCCGGGAGGGAGCACGAGGACAGAGACAUUCAAAUGGUGCUAUCGUCUCAGGAACCUGGCCAGAUCCAGACCCAUUCUACACAACCAAACUCCUGGAGGUGUGUCAGACACACACACAUACACACCCACGGUGACGGGCAACUCUGGUGCUACUCGGGUGCUAUCCUAACUUUGAUCCAUGCUGCUCUCGCGAUUACUUCUUAACUUGGACGAUUAGCAAAACCAACAGAUUGGGUGAUGUCAUAUCGCAACCUGGCGGCUUCUUGCCGGAAGCAAGCCAUGCACACAUGCACACAUGCACACACACACAAGAUUGGGGAUGCAUGUAUAUCUACAAACACACACACACACAUUUGGAUUCUCACCAGCAAAAGUGUGAAUGCUAAAUGCCGCUCGAAGAAGUUAGAAGAUAUUCUGAAUGGCUGAACUACAUUAUUGCUGAGCUCAUCUUGCUCUCAAGUGCAAGAGCUCUUCAUCAUAGGCCAGUUUUAUGUGGAUCUCUUCUCUUGUUUUUCUUUCUUUCUUUCUUUCUGUUCCUGCCAUUUCAGCGACUCAAUUAGUUCAGUAUCUGAGCCACCGUCAUGAACACUCACCCACGACUGGAGUUUACAAAAACUUUUUGGUGCAAGCAUCAACCUGCUGAGGUUAGCACAGCAGGAGUAGAAGUGAUUAUAUCCUCUUCAUUACAGCAGUCAUCAGGUGUGGAAAGCUGUUAGCCCCCUCAGUGUUUGUCUCAAUGUCACUGUCGAGAGU